AGGACAUCAGUCGAGAUGCCAAGAGACAUGACGACAACUGGGAUGGGGUAAAGGUUUUUUCCGUGAUCGUCAAGAUAUCAAAAUGACGCCUCGGUUGUGGUUAACCCUCCUAUUGCUAUUCCUAUACACACCUACCUUACACUCCGCCAAUCACAGCCCAUAUACUAACCGGAUACUUGACAGGAUCGCAAACUUUAUUGCAAGCAACGCAUCUAACGAAUCUAAAGCGAAACUGUUAGGAGUUAUCAUGAAUGUUACUGAAACGAAUCCUCACUCCACAACAGCUCUUAAGACUAUCACUGCCCCAACUGAGGUGGUAAAGGAUCUGACGACUAAAGCCACCAACGAAAACUUAAUAGAACCGAUAGAUCAACUGUUAAUGAAUGCUGCUGAGCCCGGAACAGCAUUUAACGAGCCAGAGUUACUUCGGGACACAGACGUUGUGAAAUUUGAUGGAGAUAUUCUGAUGCAGAUAGAACAAUUUUCCAAGAUGCAGAGAAAUGUGACUCUGGAUUUAUUUGAAGAAGCAUUACAGAAGAAUUUGGGACAGCGACAAAAUAACCUGACGUUGUUAGGUUGGAUAAAAUCUCUGAUGCCAUUGUCUCGUAAGAAACGCGCAGCGAGGCGUGACAUGCGCCGGCUUUGGAAGGAUGGCAUUGUUCCAAUAAGGAUUGACAGCGAUGACUUCCGAAGAAAGCAGAGGAGAAGAAUAGCAAAAUCCAUGAACAGGAUUUCAGAGAACACGUGCAUCUGCUUCGAUAUAAUUUCCAAGGCGGAAGCGAUGGCACAUAAGCCGCAUAUAAGGAUAAUCAACGGAAAUGGAUGCCGAUCGUACGUGGGUUAUUCCGUACGAUGGAAUAAUGGCUACCUAGCUCAGGAUCUCACGCUUGGCCAGAAAUGCAGAAAAACACGAAUUACUACCCAUGAACUGUUGCACGCGCUGGGUUUAUUCCACGAACAAUCCAGACCAGACCGAGAUGGAUUUGUCGACAUUCAGAUCCAAAAUAUCAUCCCCAGAAACCGAGGCAACUUUAAUCGCUUUAGCAAUUCAAUUAUAAACUCAAGAGGCAUUCCGUAUGACUUUACCAGCAUAAUGCACUAUAGCAACCGGGCGUUCAGCUUGAAUGGCGGCUACACAAUCGUCCCUAAAGGUUCAAGCAACAGAGCCAAAUACCUCAAUAAGAUAGGGAGGUCACGCUCCAUGAGUCGGGGCGACAAACUGGCAAUCAACUUUAUGUACAAGUGCCCGAGGAGACCUCCGAAAACUACUCCAAAGUGUCCACAUUAUCCUUAUGUGUUUAGAUAAUGAGACUUAAUGUAUAUCUUUCUCCGAGAUCUUCUAAAGCUCCUCAAAAUGUCGCCACUAACCUAUGUGUGUCUCCCAUUAGAUUAAAUAUGACUCCCCUCCCCGCGAGAUCUUCUAAAGCUACUCCAAAAUGUCCUCUCUACCCCUAUUUGUCUUCCAUUAAACUUAAUUUAGCCCCCUCCCCGCGAGAUCUUCUAAAGCUACUCCAAACUGUCCUCUCUUCCCCUAUGUGCUUCCAUUAAACUUAAUUUAACCCCCUCACCUCGAGAUCUUCUAAAGCUACUCCAAACUGUCCUCUCUACCCCUAUGUGUCUACUCUUAAGUCCAGAUAAUGAUUAACUCUCCGCCAUACCUCCUUUGGUUUCCACCAAAGGUCUUCUCUAACCCCGAUCAAAUAUGUCAACCCUUUAUUUUUUCUUCUUGUCUUCAUUCCUGUGUUUCGCUCAUUAAGCAUCAUGAUCUUGUGCAACAAAAUAAAAGAUUAAACGUUGUUUUGUUGA